AGCCAACCAGUCGGGCCCAAGUCCGCGGGCAAGAAGCGAUUGGGGGCGAGUGAGUUCAGCCCCGCGGUCCCCCCGUCCGGGUCCCCCCCGCCCGGGCCCGAGGCGGUAUAUCCUGCCCUCCCCGGCCACCUACCCCUCGUGGAAGCGGAGCGGCGGCCUCGCUGUAACGCAGAGGCGAAAUGUAGCGAGCCGGGUGUUGCGGCUGGACGCUCGCCUUGGCCGGGGGUGCGGGGGGUGGGCACGCCGGGGGCCGAGGAGGACUGCCGAGGAGGAGUGAUGAGAAGCGGGGGAGCCCUGCACCCCCCGAGACCGCGGGUCCCUGCUGCCACUCGCCAGGCGCCCCCCUUCUUCCCAAGCGAGAGGCAGGUGUUUCACGCAGAUUCCGGUGACUUGAAGGACCAGGGAUUUGGGGCAGUACAAGGUCUUCCCAGGAAGGAAGGAAAUCUCUGGAGCAAAGGGGAAGGACAGCAGACAGUGCGCCCGGACCAGCAGAGCCCGAAGAGCUGCGGGAAGCCGAAGGAGCCCAGCCAGAGGCGUGAGCGGGAGCCACAGCCCUAGGCCAAGGCUGCCUUCUGGGGGAUUCGAACUCGGGCUAUUUUUCAUGAAAGAAGGGCCACCUCCGAGGGUGCCCCCGACUUGGCUGGGCUCUUCUACUCUGGAUGCCCUCGGCUCUGAGGAGCCUGCUGCUCAGAACCAAAGAAGAUAAGAGGCCAGAUUCAUUUCCCCGCAGCAGCGCGCUGGCCGGCCGGAGUCAGGCCUCUGCACCCCUGGUGGCUGGCUAUGGAGUCUGGUGGGGGGUCUCCUGCUUCCCUCCAGCUCGAGGCUGCAGUGCUUGAUGGGGCUGCCUGUCGCUGGAUCCAUUUUUGCAGCGCCUGGUAGGAGCAGAGAGCCGUGGGAAGAGGCCCCGCGGCGCCCAAGCCUGGGUUCGUCCCAAGACUAAGUGCUUUCCUGACUUAGGGAGAGAGAAAGAAAAAAGAAAAAAAGAGAGGGAGAGAGAAAGGAAAGGUCCCCCUUCCCUUCCUCCCUUCCCGUCAUGUCCUCUAAGCCAGAGCCGAAGGACACCCACCAGCUCAACGGGACUGGCCCUGCUCCCUCACCCUGCUCUUCAGAUGGCCCGGGGCGAGAGCCAUUGGCCGGGACCUCCGAGUUCCUGGGGCCUGAUGGGGCCGGGGUGGAGGUGGUGGUGAUUGAGUCCCGGGCCAACGCCAAGGGGGUCCGGGAGGAGGACGCCCUGCUGGAGAACGGGAGCCAGAGCAAUGAAAGUGAUGAUGUCAGCACGGACCGUGGCCCUGCACCGCCCUCCCCACUCAAGGAGACCUCCUUUUCCAUUGGGCUGCAAGUGCUGUUCCCCUUCCUUCUGGCAGGCUUUGGGACUGUGGCUGCUGGCAUGGUGCUGGACAUCGUGCAGCACUGGGAAGUCUUCCAGAAGGUGACCGAGGUCUUCAUCCUGGUGCCUGCGCUGCUGGGGCUUAAGGGGAACCUGGAAAUGACCCUGGCGUCGAGGCUGUCCACUGCAGCCAACAUUGGGCACAUGGACACACCCAAGGAGCUCUGGCGCAUGAUCACUGGGAACAUGGCCCUCAUCCAGGUGCAGGCCACGGUCGUGGGCUUCCUGGCAUCCAUCGCAGCCGUUGUCUUUGGCUGGAUCCCUGAUGGCCACUUCAGUAUCCCGCACGCCUUCCUGCUCUGUGCCAGCAGCGUGGCCACGGCCUUCAUCGCCUCCCUGGUCCUGGGUAUGAUCAUGAUCGGAGUCAUCAUUGGCUCUCGAAAGAUUGGCAUCAACCCAGACAACGUGGCCACGCCCAUUGCCGCCAGCCUGGGUGACCUCAUCACCUUGGCACUGCUCUCAGGCAUCAGCUGGGGACUCUACCUAGAGCGAGAUGACUGGCAAUACAUCUACCCCCUGGUGUGUGCCUUCUUCGUGGCCCUGCUGCCUGUGUGGGUGGUGCUGGCCCGACGGAGCCCAGCCACAAGGGAGGUGUUGUACUCGGGCUGGGAGCCUGUCAUCAUCGCCAUGGCCAUCAGCAGUGUGGGAGGCCUCAUCUUGGACAAGACUGUCUCUGACCCCAACUUUGCAGGGAUGGCCGUCUUCACGCCUGUGAUUAAUGGUGUUGGGGGGAAUCUGGUGGCAGUGCAGGCCAGCCGCAUCUCCACCUUCCUGCACAUGAAUGGGAUGCCAGGGGAGAACUCUGAGCAAACCCCUCGCCGCUGCCCCAGUCCUUGUACCACCUUCUUCAGUCCUGAUGUGAAUUCUCGCUCGGCCCGAGUCCUCUUUCUCCUCGUGGUUCCAGGACACCUGGUGUUCCUCUACACCAUCAGCUGUAUGCAGGGCGGGCACACGACGCUCACGUUCAUCUUCAUCAUCUUCUACAUGACAGCUGCACUGCUCCAGGUGCUGAUUCUCCUGUACAUCGCAGACUGGAUGGUGCACUGGAUGUGGGGCCGGGGCCUGGACCCAGACAACUUCUCCAUCCCGUACUUGACGGCUCUGGGGGACCUGCUUGGCACUGGGCUCCUAGCACUCAGCUUCCAUGUCCUCUGGCUCAUCGGGGACCGAGACACGGAUGUCGGGGACUAGCCUGGUCACUCCACCUUUGCCCCCCUCCCUACCCCAUGCACUUUCUGUUCAAAUUUUUUUCUUUUGUUCCCCUUCCCCUACCUGACUCCACACUCCCACCUCUUUCUAGGACUUCACUUUGAUACCGAAUUCUCAUUAUUUUCAAUGGGAAUUUUUAUACAUUGAGCCAAGUUUGUAUAGCAAGAAUUCCGACAGGACAGAUGGACUGAGAUGAGCAGUACAAGUAGAUUUUUGAGACAAUCACCAAGUGCAAUUUCAUGGUGGGUGCCUCCAGGCAAGGUAGACUGAGGCGGGGGUUUCCAUCUGGGGUCGGGGGACAUUUGGUUUAGCUUUAGCAAACUCAGUCGUGGCCCUAAUGAGAAACCCUUUGUGCGUGGGCUCUGGCUUUUUAGGUUUAUUUUUGUUUACUCUCUCUCUUUUUUUUUCCUUUUUUUUUUUCUUUUUGAUUGAACAGAGAGAUAAGUAUCAUUCCCCUCCCCCGCCAGCUCCUAAAACACACACACAGUUUUUUCUAGAAAUGGACCAACUUCAAAGCACUAGUAAAGAGAUAGCUGCUCCUGGCCCCUUGUAACCCUAACCCUAUCCUCAGCCCUCUGUCCCAAAAAAGACUGAGGUGGACUAACAAUUCAAAUUGUACACACACCUCUUACCCGAUUGCCUGAUAAACACGGCAAACCCCUCCCUUUGAUCUUCUUCCCAUUGAUUGUCACAGUGGGAAGAAAUGAACCAGAGCCUGGUCUCUCUGUUGACCCAAGGCCACCAAUAGGUUUACCAAGAUCUACAUCCUUCCAGGGCCCAGAGCAUCAAUUGUUUAUCUCUGUUCAAUCUUGAUGUCUAAUUGUCUCAACGCUAGCUUUCCCAGAGCUUGCCAGGUUGGGUUCUGAGAUUAGGGACGGGGAGCAAGGACGCGGGGUAUGGUUGGGAGGCGGAGGGCAACCGGGGUUGUUUCAGUGCCACCGAUGACAUUUCAUGGGGUCACCUUAGUCCCCCUCACUUCCUGAGAUCACUCCUGCUGUCCUGCUGUGGAGGUUUCCUGUGUCUUGGCUUCUGCCCUCGUCCAUCACACCCUCAGUCACCCAUUCAGCCAGUGCACAGCCUCCCCAAGAGGAGUCCCGUGCGGGCGUGGUCGGAGGCUUCCGCUGAGCCGCAUGGUAGGUCCUGUGCCAGCGGUAAGGGAGCCGGCUCUCAGCUCACCUCAUCCCCAGAUACAAAGGCCUUGUGCUCCUUCCAAUCUGGUGGAGAAAGUUUCCUUGCUAGAAGCGUUUGCAUCUGUGUCAUCGGGCCAGCUUCUGCCUCUCGAUCUCCCCUCUGUGCAGGCCGACCCCCACGAGAGACCCCAGGCCCGUCGCUUCCCUGAACUAUACCCUUCCUCACCUUUUCUUCCCUCCACCUGUCCUCAUUAGCCGCCCGACAGAGGAUUUGGACCCAGUAGGCUGGACGGCACCAGCUGCGGCUGCCCUUCUCUGCCCAGCACAAGCUUCAGGGAACAGGGGAGCCUCGGCAUCGCCCCACCCAUUGCUCUGACCAGAUGAGAAAUCUGUCCACACUCGCGUGCGUGCGAAUCUGAGCGUUCGGAUGCAGGUUUUUCCCUAGGCUCCCCAUCCACAGCCUCGCCAUUGAACCUCCUCUCUGUAGCGGAAAAGGUCCACCUCCAGGGGCAGGCUAGGCAGUGACCCCGGGUCCUCCCGACCCUGUGCCUUAUCCCCAGAACUUGGCCGGUUCCUCCAGAGACUGUCUGUCCUUUCCAUCCAUUUCCACCCAUGCUACCUUCUGGAGUCUUUCAGUUGGAAGGAAAGGACCACAGGACUGGGGCUGGGGCUGGGGCCAGCAGAGUUCAUUAACACUAGCCUGGGCUUGUAGCCGCUCUUGCCUCGGGCCCUUUUUUCGCCUCACCGUCCACCUGCGAACACGGUUGCACACACUCUUGUACGGGCACCAAAACCAGCUCCCCUGCCCCUGAGGCCGCUCCCCUGUGUCCUCCUGUCUGUCGCCCUGGCCCCAGUCCGUCACCUCUUCCUCAUCUCCCGAGUUCUGCCAGGCCACCCUGGAGACUCUGAAGCCUCCUUCUUUGCCGAAGAAGCAGGAAGGCGGGCGCACCCCCAGCCCCAAGUGCGUGAGCAAAGGGAGGACCGCGGGGUGAGAGGGAAAAGAAAAUGAAGUGGACUUCCGUGGAAGAUUUGUUUCUUUUCCCAAUUGCACAAACUGCAUGUACUUUCGGCCUGGCUGCAAGGAGCGACAUUGGUUUACUCUUGUAUCCUUAAAAAGUUACAGAACUGUGUCUUAAGAGAAUUAUUUAUAGUUACUAUAACUGAAUUGACAAAUGUCAACGUAACUGAUAAAUUAUAUUUGGUAAAAUAAAAAGGACGUUUAUUUA